AUGUCCUUUCCUGCGGUCCUACGCAACCCGGGCAUAGCAGAUCGGUUCGCUCACCUACAUAGGAGCGACUCCAGCCACCUGCGUGGGUCCUCUGCAGCUCCUGCAGCGCCCAAGAAGAACAAGCGUGACGAGAAGGAGGGCAAGCGGUGGGUGAGGCGGAAGGAGAACGCCCGCUUCGCAGGUAACGCGCACAUCGUCCUCCCUUCCAAGCGCGACUACGCCCUCGUCGCCCCGCACAAUCCGUCCACCUUCCCCCAGCCUCUCCCCAACUACCUCCCCCGCAACAAUGCCAUCCCGCCCGCCGUCCUUCCCGGACGGGAGCCCGCCUCAGCGAAUGCGGGUCGCUUCUCGAUGAGCCUCAAGGGCAUGCGCCGCGAGCUGCGCAAGUCAGGACCGCGCACAGAGCAGCUCGUGCGCGAGCUCGAAGACGAGAUCCUGGCAUGGCUCGACGGAGGCGUCAUGCUCGAGCCAGACGCUGCAGCAGAGAUAAGCCUUCCAGGGCGGCCGGUCGACAGCGGAGACACAGUCAAGGAGGUCAGUCGGACACCCCUCCAGCUUGUGUGGUGGAUCGAGGACAACUCCUGGACGCGCUACGUCGUGCACUGCUGUGCGAGGUACCAUGAAGUCGUCAGUUUCAGCAAGGACAACUCCGGCCAACGUCUCACCUACCUCCUCCGCCCCAACGUCACCCGCCCGACGCACGGCCUCUCCACCGGGCUCGACACCCCGCCCGCGACGGACCUCGAGUCGUCCGUGCACUCCGACUUCGACGCUGGCUCCGCCUCCGACGCCUUCUCCGACCGCCGCUCUGACUCUGGUCUCGACUCCGACGUCGAGCUCGUCGCUUGCCCUGCCCCGCGCGCCCUCUCCGCCAUCGCUGAGUCCGCCCCGGGGUCGCCCGCCCGCGCUCCGGCGCCCCUCGAGCCGCUGAGCGAGGACGAGUGGUCCGUGAUAGGGGACGAUGCCGAUGCGGAAGACAGCGAGGUCGAGGCUGCUCGCGUGGGGUCACUCGCGCUGAGGGACGCGGAGGCCUCCCCGCGCAUGCGCCAGGCGUCGUUCCGCUCGCAUGUCUGGGAACGUCAGCGACGCUCUGCUUCGUCGCCCUCCCGCUCACCCGCUAGACGACCCGCGAGGAUGUACCGCGUGGAGCCGCCACGCUCAGCACUCCCGUCGCGUCGGUCGUUCCACGAAUACCUGUUCUCCUGA